UUGAGGCGUCUGUUCAAGCCAUUAAAAAAAUCGCAUUGUAAUGACUUCGUGCGUGUGCCAGCGAGAAGGGUGCGUUCACCAAACAACAUCACGAUUUGGGUAGGCAUUUUUGUUCGUACGCAUUCCCAGCAGGAGCUCCCAGUAAUAGAGCUUGAAAGUUGACCCCUGAUGGCGCGCUUCCGAAACCCUUGGAUGGGAAAAAUAAGUGCACAAAUUGUACAAUUUAGAACAUUUUUUUCGUUAAGUUACUCAAAAAAAUCCAACUUAGAAAGACGGCUUUGGAAGAUAUUUGCAAGUAUAUCAGUUUAUACAAACUGAAAAAUCACCUGACCUAAAAGAGAAAUAUCCUUCAAAAAUUGACCUAUCACUUUCGAAAUUCUAUUAAUACACGUACAGUGUACAGUGCAUGCGGAAGUCUCAUACCCAGAGGAACAUUUACGGUUUGGAAUUUUACAGUCGUCAGUCGUUAAAUGCUGAAAUAAAACAGAUCAAAAUAUUUUAUACACUUUUAUAAUUUAUAAAGUAAUAAAUUUUACGCAGUAGUCUACCUUUACGAAGGAUUCUAAUAUUUUAUCUCACCCUUGCUGACAAGAACUGCGUCAUGUCAACUCACUGGAAUCCGGAACCCAUCGAUUGCAGGUAGGUAAAUCUUUGCAACGUUGUACAAUCUCGUUUUCACAGAAGCCCGGCCCGAGGAGUGAAAACAAACGUGCAUGAAAAAGGGGACGUGGUUACGAUACCACCGGAAGUGAAAGGUCGUUAAUGAAAUUCGUUUUUUACCCAUCUCUAGAUGACUUUUCUGAAAUAUUACUUGAGGAAAACAAAGCUAAAAUGUAAAUAUGAGUGUUUUAUGGGGUGGUUUGAGUUGGGAAUCAUUCUUCCAAAAAUUAUCGAACGUGACAGGACGGCCUAUGUAAAAUCCCAAAAGGCGGACAGCCCGAGGGUUCCAAAGCUCGCUGCGAGACCUUCAGGCCUAACUUUCAGGCUCUAUUUCAGGCUCGAUUUCGUAAAUCUUUUGCGUUUUCGCGCGGGUGGACAUCGAGUGUGCGGCACCAGUGGUGUUUGACAGUUGGUCCGCCCUCUUUUCAUCGUCAGUGAGCAAGAAGUACUCGUGUACAGAACUUAUGGAUCCAGUUAGAAUCUCCGCCUCUGGCGUCAGCUAACGCAGGUGGUUGGUGACAUGAGCGCCCUCUUGCAGGGAAUCGAUUUAACAACGUCUUGAGCCAAGACUAUCCCUCUGAUUCGUCUACAUACAAAAAUGCAGUGGCGUGAUAACAUAACCUCUUAUUUCAUUCCACGAUGAUACAUUGACUAUCAAGUUCCGUAAAAGCACUUACGUCAAUGCAGGGAGGAUGCAAGCUUCGCAUCCUAUACUUCGCCGCUGGUACAUCUUUCUGUAACCGCAACUGCGAAACGAUCCUGUCUUCUUGUUUCCUACCUUCAUGCUGUCGCUCGUGGUUGGUGACUACAUUUCCUUCCUGUUUGAUUUUGAUGUCUAAAGUAAAAAAAAUGGGCAUAUCUUAUGUUGUGGAACACGAAACCAACAAGACUUUCUUCACGUUCUUCUCCGAGUUUGACAGAGCUUGGAAAGACAGCCACAUCCUCGUCAACAUCAUCCUGGGGUUCCUAUUCGUCAUGUCCUUGGGCGGCAACACCCUGGUCAUCUCCUUCUUCGUCCGUUUCAAGGCCAUUCGCCAAGUGACCAAUCUCUUUAUUACCAACUUGGCUGUGUCUAACCUUACCUUUUCCAUCUUGGUCCCCCUGGUAAUGACAACGCAGGUGACAGGCGACUGGGUGGUUGGUGACGCACUUUGCCACUUAGCGACAGCCAUCGAGUUCAUGAGUGGCAUUGUCUGUGCGUGGACUAUGGUUCUGAUCAGCGUCGAUCGCUACCAAACAAUCGUCAAGCUGCCAGGCCGGCGAUCUACACUCAAAGGCACACUGGUCCGUGUGGUGCUGGUGUGGAUCGGAGCCAUAUUUUUCACCAGUCCUCUUGCAGUGUUCUUCAGGACGGUUGAAUCUGCAAUCAAGGACAAGUCCAAGAAUGUCCUCCGGAGAGUGAUCGUCUGUUCAGUGGAUGCACCUGGUCCUCAUUACAUGUUGUUGAUUUACGCAUGCAUCAACAUCUUCCUGGUGUUCAUCAUUCCACUGACCAUCAUCACGAGGAACUAUCGGGCCAUCAUGAAGAAGUUCUCCUCCAGCGUCCAGCGGAUGCGAAACCACAUGGAAUCGGCUCCCAGGACCCGUAUCAGCUCAGUUCGAGCUGCGGCCCAUGUCCACAAGGAGGCUCGCGUCCUACGGAUGCUGAUCGCUAUGGUAGUCCUCUUUGUACUCAUGUGGGGUCCCGUGACUGUUUUCAUCUUGGCCUACACGGCUGACUACGAGAACCAGAUCAUUCAAUCGUACCAGCUGACAACUGUGUUCAUUAUAACCUACGCUAAUGCCGCCUUGAAUCCUGUGGUGUAUGGGAUAUUGAAUGAACAGUAUCAGAGUCAGUUCCGACGGCUCUUCAACCGGAUCCGGUGCAAAGUGACUCUGUGUGACACCUCGGUGAGAGAAAAUGGCAGCACAGUGGGACGAAACAGCAUCAGGCAAGUAAUACGCACGCUGAGUGGCAGGGAAAUUCAGAAUAAAAGAUAUGACAACGGUGACGGAUUCUGUGAGAAUGUUAUGGACAACAUCUGUGAAGAAACACAAUCUUAA